AUGGGCCAGAUAGCAGGGGAGGGCAUGGUUGGCCCCAGAUCUCUAAGCAGCGGCGACGUGAAAUGGCUCUGGCCACUCGACAGGGAAUCUCUCGGGUUCCACGUCGUCCACAACCGCGGCGCCAGAAUGGGGUUUUUCCUCAUGACACUCAAUAGCACGAGCCCCCUCAAGACAGAGGACGUCGAAAGGGCUCUUUCCCACCUGCAGAGAAAAAAUCCUGCUAUGCGUGUAGAUAUCCGACUUCGCGAUGACGUCUGGUGGUUUUGUGAACAAGUUGGACGUAAAGUAGAUUUUAAGAUGCUUGGCGAAGGAGCGAGCUCGCUGGAGGAGUGUCGGCGCAUGAGUGAGAGGGGGUUUCCCGACGGAGAUACUUGGAAGUUCAGGAUGAUUCCUCGGGGGAAGGAGGCUCCGUGCGUCAUGCCCGAAGUCAAGGGCGACUUCCCCUACCAGUAUGAUGUCCUUAUGACCAGUCACCAUGCGCUAGGGGACGGCCUGAGUGUCUCGAUGAUAGUGAAGCGAAUGGUGGAGCUUCUCAACGACGUGAUUCUCGGGCGCCAUGUUGACGACGAGGCGACCACUCGGUUUCUUCCGAGAGAAGAACUCUGGGAAAUCGAAUCGAGGAUCACGAAGAAAUUGCAAGAGGAUCCUGAGCGCCACGACUUCGUCCAAGGAACCAUGCCCGAUUCCAGUCCGUUGUUACUGCGAGCAUUUCCUCGACCCUCCGCGGACCGCGUCACCACCGGGUAUCUCACGCGCACCGUCGACCUCGAGGCCACGCAGAACUUCGAAAGGCUCUGCAAAGCCCAAGGAGUCACCAUCAACGGCGCCUUCACUUCCGUGAUCAACAUCGCCCUGGCCAGAUUGGUGCAGAAGUCUGGCAUCUCCCAAGAGUCUUACCGCAUCGCCAGUAACCAUCUCGUGAGCGUGAUCCGGUACCUGAAGCAGACGCCGCGUGACAUAAUGGGCGGCUACCCCCUCUACCUGUCCCACAUUUCAGACAUCACAAGCGACCGCGUGACCGAUCAUUUCUGGGAAUACGCCAAAGAGGUCAACAGGGAACUGAGGGAAGGCCUGACGUCGGAGCUCCCUCUCGAGCAGAAGCUGGCUCGCCUCAUGACCCAGCCCGACCAGGUGGAGCAGUGGGCCCGGAAACCACCCCCGGUCGUGCAUGACUUCGGGAUCACCAACAUCGCCCGCUUCCCGAUGCCCGAACGACGCGAAGACGACCAGGUCCUGGUGACGGAUGCGACUUCCGUCGCCAUGGUGCACGGGUUCACCCACAUGCUCCUGUUCCUCGUUCACACGUUCAGGGAUCGUUGCAAUUAUUCCCUAAGUUAUGCAACGGAUUAUUUUACCGACGAGACAGCGAUCCUCUUGGCAGACGAAGUGAUGUCAGUUUACCGGGAAGUGAGUGGAGUGAAGGAAAUAUAACUGUAUUAACACCAAAUGCUGAAUCUUUUUUGUAAUUCAGCAUUGAAUAAGACGGAUCAUAGACACAAAUAAAAUAAAAGUUGUUAUAUUAUU